AUGGCCAGAGACAUGGCUGGCUCAGGGCUCUUUGACUGGCGGUGCAGCUGGACUUUGUCAUUGCUGCUGGCCUAUCUCUGCUACCUGCUGCUGGGUGCUGCCAUCUUCCAGCUGCUAGAAAAGCAAGCAGAAGCUCAGUCUCGAAACCAAUUCCAGAUGGAGAAGCUACGCUUUCUAGAAAACUACACCUGCCUGGACCAGUAUGCCCUGGAACGUUUUGUGCAGGUCAUUAUGGAAGCCUGGGAGAAAGGUGUGAACCCAGCUGGCAACUCCACCAACCCUAGCAACUGGGACUUCAGCAACAGCUUUUUCUUUGCAGGGACGGUUGUCACCACCAUAGGCUAUGGAAACCUGUCCCCCAGCACAGAAGCAGGUCAGAUUUUCUGCAUCUUUUAUGCCCUGUUUGGGAUCCCACUCAAUGUGGUGUUUCUCAAUCAUCUGGGUACGGGACUAAGGUCUCACCUAGCCACAAUGGACACUUGGGGGCAUCAACCAAGACACUAUCAGGUGGUACAGACCCUGGGCCUUGCUCUGUUCCUGACUGUGGGAACCUUUCUCCUCCUCAUCCUUCCCCCCAUGGUCUUCAGCCACGUGGAGGGCUGGAGCUAUGGUGAGGGCUUCUAUUUUGCCUUCAUCACCCUCAGCACUAUUGGCUUUGGGGACUAUGUUGUAGGCACAGACCCUGACAAGCACUACAUCUCUGUGUACAGGAGUCUAGCUGCCGUCUGGAUCAUCCUGGGCCUGGCCUGGCUAGCUCUCAUGCUACCUCUGGGCCCCAUGGUCCUGCACCAAUUCAUGCACCUCUGGCCACUGAACAAGGAUCCAAGUUCUAAGAAGGGAAUAACUCCUGAGGCAGAUGGGCUUUCUCACACCACCAAGCUCCCUAUAGCCAUAUGAGUUCAUGGAGCAGUCCUAACCUACAUACCAGCCUGUUUCUCUUGCCUUUCAGCCCCCACAUAGAUUACCUGUAGUAAACACAAUCCCUUUACGUUAUCCUAGUUUUUCUUCUCCCUGACCUGGUCACCCUCUCCGUAUCCUUCUCUUCUGGGUCAUUCCCCCAGGGCUCUCCAAAAAAGAGGAAAGAAGUCUAAAACAUUCAGGUAAAUGAAUAAUGGAGACCAAAGGAAAAAAAGACAAACAGAAAGGCACAGAAUAAGAGACACACGCUUACUCCAGAUUCACUUGUCCCUCUCUUUAUUCCCUCUAGGUUCAUGUCUAGAAUUCAGCCUCCCAUUUUAAUGACCCUCACCCCAAGCCUCUAGGAAACUGAUUGACUCACAGAAGAGACCACAGACCUUCUCACCGUAGCGCACCAACAAAAUCCACAAUAGUGACCUUACCACCAGACAAACCUGAAAUUCAGGUGCUCUGCUCCUUCCUAAUGCCCAUCAUUUAGGCUUUCAUGAUUCAGGAGGGCUGUCCAAAGAGAUAACACCCUCUGCCAUGUUUCCCCAUUCUUGGGGGAAAUGUACAAUGUAGAAAUGGUAGAAGUGUGUGUGUGCACAAGACAAUAGUUACCUAGAUGCUAUUGCCUGCCCCUCCCAACGGACUGGGGCUAGAGAAGUCAUGCCCUGAAGAAUGGAGUACCGUUCACAAAUACAGCUUCUGAGUCCUAGACACUACAGCUAGGCUUCUUCCAGGGACCAGUCACCCUUCUGGAUAUGUUUCCAUUUUUCCCAUGCCCUAUACCUGCAUCUGUGUUCUUUCCUUUCCGUGCCUUGUUUAAAUACAUGCUCUCACAGAUCAUGACAUGAUAAGACUCUUUCUAAAUAAUGCUCUUCUAUAAGCAGGCAAUCCACAUGACCGCAGGAAACAAUUCAGACGAGUUCUGGGGAACCUCUAAAGUUUGCCUUCCCAUGGAACAGGAUGGGAAGAUGUUCUAAGGAUGGUCUUAAGCCUGGGAUAGGAGUCAGUUAGUCUGAAGGGUAGAGGGAUGGACAAGACCAGGGGUCCCCAAAUAUUGCUGUGCUCUCCCCCAAAGGCCUGCUGGUAAACAGAGAACAGUAAACAGAGAGGGGCAGCAUGUGGGUGCCCCUUAUCUUGCCAUUUUUAAUGCCUUAGGCAGAUGAGACAUACUGCCUACACCUCUAUCCCUUUUAACAGUGUGUCUUCAGGAGGGCAGUGUCUCCCCAGCAACUGUCUCCCCAACCUCCCAUCAGUCAGCAAAUGUCCAACUAAUCUCACAGCUAUUAGCAUAAAAGAGGUGAGGGGGAGGGCUGGAACAAGAACAUAAUCACAUCUUUACCGAUUAAAGAAGAGGAAGUAAUCUGGUACAUAAGAGGUGACAAAUUGACAUAAAGAACUUUCAGAAGAUGAAGGGUAAGUGAUCCCAGAAUGGGAGAGGGAGGUAUCAGACUGGAAAAAUAAAGGAUGGGCUUCCCCCAAUCCACACAGCCUCAAUGGCUGGUAGAAAACUAGGUGCAACAUUUGGAAGCAGAGGGUAGGCUGAAAUGACCUACAGUGGUCCCUUAUUGACUGAAAAGUCUCAGUCUGGGCAAUUUCCUCAAUUUCUCUCGGGUUCUAACAAUGAUCCUCACCCCGUGCCUAAUACUCUGGGAGUGGAGAUGGAGGCCCCGGAAAAUGGGUUGGUAGGAUCCAAAAAGGCCAGUUAGACAGCAGUCAUGGGCCUAGGUGAAUAAACUAGGCCUCUUUUUCUUCCUGUGUGAAGUUUCUGUGGGCUUUGACUGCAUUUUGUUGCUCGAGAUAAUAGGGGCUCUGAGUCCUUCUCCCACUAGUCUCUCCCCAGCUCUGCCCCACCCCUUCCUCUACCCCUCUGGUCCUCUUACUCUGACCUUUUUAAUCCUUGCCCUUCUCCCUCCCUCUUCCUGUGUUCCCUUCUUCUUCUUCCAGCUUUUUCCCAGUCUCUGGGGACUUCAAUCUGAUCACACAGGCUGCUUAUUCUGCACU